AUGUCCUCUGGUUUUGUGUCUGCAGGAACGGAUCAAGAGCCAGUAGAACGAGACGAUGAAUGGCUCCGGGUACAGCAGGAAUUGGAGGAAGAGCGGAGGCGCAAGGCAGAGCUAGGCAAGCAGGAUGGCGGGAAGAGUCUGUUUGAUGUCUUGCAACAGAACAAGAUGGCCAAGCAGGAAGCCUUUGAGGAGAAAUUGAAACUGAAGAACCAAUUCCGAUCUCUCGACGAAGAUGAAGUUGAAUUUCUAGACUCGAUCAUGGAAUCCACCCGCGCACAAGAGGCAGCAGUGAAGAAAGAGACUGCGGAACAGCUCGAGAUGUUCCGUCGGCAGCGCGAGGAAGCAGAGAAGGUCAUGCUGGAGAACUCGUCUGCGGACGUAGUGCCGACUACGGAAGGAGAGGAUUGGAAGAUCCCUGCGCGUAAGAGACGGCGCGACAAAACCAAGGACCUUCUUGUUCCUGGCAAAAAGCGGAAAUCUGUUGUCACUGAAGGUGUUAGUGAGACUUCAUCGCCACGCGCAAAGGCAGAGCCAAGCGCAAAGGAAUCUCCCGUGAAAGACAGUGGGAAGUCAAAUACUGCUGGAGAGAAAUCCCCGCCAGCUGGAAGGGGUCAAAAAUUACCUGAUAAUGCAAAAGGCCCCAGCCCUUCUGUGGAGGUCGCAAAAACAACGGCUUCAAAUCAAUCAGACCCGCCGGCGAGCAAACCAGCUUCUCUAUCUCUUGGUCUCGCUGGCUAUAGUUCGGACUCUGAAUGA